CACAGACACACACCCGGGGACAGGGAGGGCAGCGGACACCGGACUUUACUCCUCCAGGGACACGAGGGGGACUCGAACACACUACACCCGAACUUCACCCCGAGGAUCCGUGCUCUUCCUCACCAAACCAAUUUGGACUUUUUCCUUUUUACCCCCAGAAACUUCUCGCAACCUUAUGUGGACGUUAGCCCGAGUUGUGUGUUGACAAACUAGCACAACGGCUUUAGCCGCCGAGCUAACUGCGUGACUAAAGUUUGUUGUUGUUGCUUUUGUUGUUGUUUUUGUAACGGUAUUAGCGUUCUGCUUCUCGGCCGUUGUUUUGUUCCGUUGAGGCGAAGUCAUGGAGCUCGACUGCUCGUACGAACAUCUCCCGGGAACCACACCAGGUCUCCAAGGACUUUCUAUACAUCUGUCAAAGAUGUGAAGUCCCUCUCAUCCCAGUGGACACUUCAGUUACAACUGAGGAACUGGACCAGUAGGAAUCAUCUUGGACCCAGCCCGAGCUUGUCACCGGGGUGGUGCCCUCAAACAAAAUCCCAAGCUGAAGUCUAUGUGUGUGACAUAUUUCCUCCCAGGACACAAACUGAGUAGAUCCUGUGUUGCCGUGGAAUCCUCGGCACCAUUAAAGCAAUCCAGUCCUCUUGUCAUGUGGGUACAUUACAGAGGACGGCUCAUAUUACCCUCACUGGUAUCACAAUCCGUUACAUCACCAUGGACCGGAAUAAACGCAAUUCCAUCGCUGGGUUCCCAACACGACCUGAACGCCUCACAGAGGACAGGGACAGUAUCGGAGGGGCAGGGGUCUGUGAGAUGGGCAUGGGACCGCCUCCACAGGUGGGCAGGGUGUGGCCCUCGUCCUACAGAGCUCUGAUCAGCGCCUUCUCCUGUCUCACACGCCUUGAUGACUUCACCUGCGAGUGGAUUGGCUCUGGAUUCUUCUCUGAUGUCUUCAAGGUACGUCAUCGAGCCUCAGACCAAGUUAUGGCUCUGAAGAUGAACAAGAUCAGCAGCAACAGAGCGAACAUGUUGAGAGAAGUUCAGCUAAUGAACCGGCUUUCACAUCCAAACAUACUCAGGUUCAAGGGAGUGUGUAUCCAUGAGGGCCAGCUUCACGCUCUGACUGAGUACAUCAAUGGUGGAAACCUGGAGCAGCUGCUCGAGAGCAACACGCACCUGAGUUGGCCGACCCGGGUGAAGCUGGCCAGUGAUAUCGCCAGCGGUCUGGCCUACCUGCACUUCAAAGGCAUAUUCCACCGGGACCUCACCUCCAAGAACUGCCUGAUCAAAUGUGAUGACAACAGCUACACAGCAGUGGUUGGAGACUUUGGCCUGGCGGAGAAGAUCCCCACUACUGUUGCCGAAGGAGAGAAGCUCUCUGUGGUCGGCUCUCCUUUCUGGAUGGCUCCAGAGGUGUUGAGAGAUGAAACCUACAAUGAGAAGGCCGAUGUUUUCUCCUACGGAAUCGUCCUGUGUGAGAUCAUUGCAAGGAUCCAGGCCGACCCUGACUUCCUGCCCCGCACAGAGAACUUUGGCCUGGACUACCACACCUUCCAGCACAUGGUCGGAGACUGUCCGCCUGAUUUCCUCCAGCUGGCAUUCAACUGCUGCAACAUGGACCCUAAACUCCGCCCCUGCUUCACCGACAACGUCAGGCACCUGGAGGAGCUCGUUGCUCGCCUCAAAGUCGAAGAGAUGGAGCACGAGUGUGUCUCGCUCAGCGGAGACAACGACAAGAAGACCAUUCCUAAAGGUAUCAGCCCUGCACCGCUGUCCAAACCACACAGUGAGAAAAUCCAGGGCUUCAAGCGACUGAACCCUCUCGGAUUCCAGGACGACAAAAUCCCGCAGAAGUCUCCUCGUCCUCGGCGAAACAUCUGGCUGAGCCGCAGCCAAUCGGACAUCUUCUCCUGCAAAGCAUUGAGGAAGGUCAACGUGCAGGACCCUUACUACAACCCCCCCAUCACGCACCGCGCCUCCAAGGCCGCCAAGAUCAACCCGUUCACCGCCCGAGAGGACCUGUGCGGGGGCAAGAUCAAGUUCUACGACGUGCCCAGCAAGUCGGUGUUCUCGCUGAUGUUUGACCUCCACUCGCCCCCGGGGAGCACGUUCGGUAACCCGCCGGCUGCUCCCGGCGCCGGGGGGCCGCAGCAGGAGGGCUCCUACUACUGGCUACAGCUGCCAGGGAGACAGUGUCACUCCUUGCCGGUGUCGCCCCAGCUGCCGCGCUCCGAGGUCUUCCAGCUCGCCGCCGCCGCUUGCUCCAAUAACAACGGUUCCGUCACCUGUAACUCCGGUCUGCUGUCCACGACGCUGCCAGCGACUAACCCCAGGUCUGAUGCCGGCCCGACUGGAAACGACGUCCGGCAGAAAGCGUUGGUGUCUGGCUGGGCGAAGAAAUACGUGGUGGUCGAGAUCCCGCCUUACUGUGGGCAGAGAGGAGGAGCAGGGGAGGAGGAGGAGGACGGAGAGGGAGAGAGGAAGACGGAGGGACACAAGGAGGACAUGUCCGGGGAGAGCUGCUCUCCCAAGGUCCCCAGCAGUGAGAGGGACGGAGAGGCGAUGGACUGCUCCUGCAGCGUGGAGGACGAGGAUGAACGAGGAAGAGGGACAGACGCCGGCUUAAUGUAACGGACUUGAACCCACAACCCCCCUCACAUGGACGAACCUGGCGGGGAGGAGGAUGUGGUAGCUUUGGACGAGAGCUCGGGGACUCUGACUCGUGACUGUGAGGAAGUGAACGAGCAUUGAGACGGACAGACGGACACAAGUUAAUGGAAAUAUACAAGAGAAAAGAGAUAAAGCAAAAGCAUUUGAUGUGAUCUCUCAAGUGAAUUUAUCCAAGCACAUCCGAUUCAGAUCAAUACUUGUCUAAGCUGAUAUCACACAGGACAGGACAAUGUGUGACCGUCUCCAGUUGGAACAGGAAAAGCUUCUAUCGACACCGUGGACACUCGGAAUAGAGAUUAUUAUUUUCUAAAGGUUGUUUAUAUUUACUAUUGUGAUACGAUGUUGAUUUUUCUCUCUCCUUUAAAGUUUCUUAUAUUUGGCGUCUUGUCUGUGACGAGGGAACCGGAUCCCUCGUGUUGUGAAUGUGUGAGUGCUUAAAAACUUCCCCCAUGUUCUUUCAUUCAAAUGAUUUAUAAAUAUUUUUUGUUAUUUGACGUUUUCAAAGGAAACUCUGCCCAGCAACAUGCAGGAAAAUGGUUUCAGGAUUUCACGCAGUCAAUUCACAUUUAGUCAAAUUCUCCUCGAGGUCGAACUGGAUUCAUUCGAUACGUUCAACACUUACAUUUCAUUCACCGACUCUUUAAGGACCUGACCAGUGGUUUCAAUGUCUUUUAACAGAUUGGUAUCCAUGUGAGUUCGUCAGUUUGUGAGGUUCAGGAGACGUGUUUUCAAGAAACAAGAAGCUCUGAAGCCAAAUCAACGAUCUUAUUUCUGAGUUUACUUGAAUGCACCACGAGUUUUCGCAACAGUUCCCUUUGGUCACUCGAUUGUAAUUUAAUGAAUUUUAUAAAUUAUAGCUUUUCACCAUAGCAACUUUAAGACUGUUAAACGUUUCGAAUGCAAGAAUCUUCUUAUUACAAAUUAAUAAAAUGAACUGUCACUCAAUUAACAGAAUCAGGGAUUCAACCAUCGCAGCCUUACUCAGACUGGUUUCACCAUGAAGUAAUGGUCACCCUUGACAAUGUGGUUGUUAAAACCAGUCGCUUCAGAAAACUGUCUGAAAUUGAAAAGUCAAAAUGUGCCUCUGUGCUGUAAUUCCCUGCUGUGACCACAGAGGGUCGUUGUUCUGCAAAAAUCACAUAGUUUCACUUUAAAGUAAAAAGUUAAAUUUAUAGAAACAAGGCUUUAAGGUGGGAAAUCAAUCUCAUGUCAGACUUAUAGAUUCAAGAUGAACAUGAAGGCAGAAAUAUAAAUGAUAUUAUAUUAUAUUAACUACAUAGACAAAAGCUCUAAAAACUGCCAAUGUCCCAAAGCAGUGAAUAAAUUAGUGAUUAAUUCCAUCAUCAGUCUUUUACAAACCUCUGACGUGAUUAAAAAGUAUUCAAGCAUCUGAAAAAUGUUUCCUCCAUCACACAUUAGAAGGAGCUAAUUUAUUUAUAUUCUAAGUUCAAGUUUUCCCUUAAAAUUCAGUGAAUAUUUUACUUUAAGCCGAGUUCGAUACUGUGAAACUGGUCCCAUGACAUUUUCAUCUUCCUGUUUGAGGGUUAAAACUUUAUUUAACUUUAACAGAUAUUAAACAAUCUCAUUUAACAUGAGAACUGUUGAUCUGAAUGUUUUCAGUGACUGUAAAGAAAUGAGUUUUGAAUUGUUAAACACAACUUCCUGUUGAUCUGCUCCAGCUCUUGUCAAUGAUCCUCUCUACUUUCAUUCUGAUCUAGGAACUAAACCGCACUUGUACCGUGAUGAUCUCCUCUUAAUGACCUUUCACUACUUUUCUAUGCAACAGAUCAUUUAUCUCAGUGUUUUAAAGGAUGAAAAAAAAUCUAAUUUGAUAUUUAAGAGAAAGAAAACAACUUUUAAUGUCUUACCUUUGUACAUUUGUGUAAAAGUUUGUGUCGCCUGCCGCGACGAAUACAGAUCCAGAUGUUUCUCUUAGCUGAUCGAGUAACAAAGCUUCUCUGAGUCUUA